UUUGAGGGUACGAAGAGCAUGCUGGUGUUGAAAGCAGGGGGCUGAACUAAUUUCGGAGCACAAACACCAUUAUAUUUUCAUGAAUGUAAUGUAAAUGUCACCAUGGUAAAGUCAGCAAGGUUUCACUAAGUGAACACUGUGACAGAAGUCUACAACCAGCCAUGGAGGAGACCUCUGAGAAAAUCCCUAUUGCAUUGGCCGGACCCGAGGAUUUACAGCAGUUCAUGCCACCUGCGUACGCCGCUGUCGCCGUGAAGCCCUCGAGCUCUGUGCGCGCGCUCAAGAUCGCCGUGGGUGCGCUGAGCAUCGGGGCCGCGCUCCUGCUGCUCGGAGCCUUGGCUGCCUUUUACUAUUGGAACGAACAUGAUAAGCAUGUGUACAGUGUCCACUAUAGCAUGAGCAUUGACGGAAAAAAGGAGGAGGGCUCCAUGGAGAUUGACACACUGAACAACUUGGAGAGAUUCACAACAGGAAGCAAAAAUGGCGAAGCAGUUGAGGUCCAUGAUUUUCAAAUUGGAAUUACUGGUAUCCGUUUCACUGGAGGAGAGAGAUGCUACAUCAAGACCGAGGCCAAAGGUCACCUUCCCGAUCUGGAAUCUCUGAACAAGGAGCCUCUGAGAUUUGACUUGGAGGACGUCAUGCCUGUCAAGUUCGAAGAACACUCUCCAGUUUGGGUCGCAGCUGAUCAGCCUCUGAAAGACAACAGCUUCCUCAGCACCAAAAUUCUGGACCUCUGCAACGACGUGCCCAUCUUCUGGCUACGUCCCACCUACCCCAACAGAGAGCAGAAGAAACCAGUUCCAAGGGCCAGACGACAGGCUCCGGAAGACAACGUUUCAUUCAACCCCAACAACCCGUACCAUCGCCGUGAGGAGGGUGAGGAGAGCCCUAUGACGGUUGACACCAUGCUGGACCACUCAGGUGUGUGCUGCUCCGAGUGUCGCCGUAGCUAUACACACUGCAUGCGUGUCUGCGAGCCUCUGGGUGGCUACGAACCAUGGCCAUACCACUACAGAGGCUGUAGGCAAGUGUGCCGUCUCAUCAUGCCAUGCAGCUGGUGGGUGGCUCGUAUCAUGGGCCUCGUUUAAAGGUGGAACGCAGAAACAUCAUCACAAGCAUCAAAAAAACCUACCAUUUAUUAUGAUGGGGAUGAAGUAUAUACUGUAUCCAAGUCUGUAAUUGAACUAUGUCAGCAUUUUUGGGAGCAGUGUGAAGGAAAAAUUUGGUUGGUUUCAAAAUAAAUAAAUAAUGAACAAUGUAUACUACGCUAGUUAUGUAAAAGAAUUCUAAUAUAUAGUUCUAGUAAAGACAUAUUUUGCCCAAAUUGUACUGAUGCGAAAAACAAUAAAUGAUGUGAAGUGAAAUAUUCUUUUCCUUUUAAUGUAAAUAUAUGUUAAUUUGCUUCAGAGAGCAACCCGACAAAGUAUAAACAGCUAUAUGACCUAUUUAAGAUAUACUCGAUAGCUUUAAAACUAUUUUGUUUCUUUGGAUGUUGCUUUUAAUGCAACAUGAAACAAUCCUGGCCUUUUUUUUUUAAGUUGACUUCAGACAAGUGUUGCUGCUUUCAAAGUGCCGUUUCAAUAUAAAGCCGAAGUGCAAUAAA